UAGUUGUACUCUCUCUCUCUCAUCCGAACCAAACUUGAAUUGUUCCCUGAAAUCCCCCACGAUUCUAUCCUAAUUUACAGCCGUUGCCACUCCCUCCCGAUCUGCAAAUCUAUUCGAACUAGCCCUCACAUUUCUGCUUCGUUUCCCCCUCUUUUCUCUCUCUACAUUUACUCAAAUAUAUACACAUAUGCGCGUAGUAUUUAUAGAUUAAUGUUUCUCCUAUGGGUUUGACAACAUUAACUGGUUGAAAUAUGCGGAUUCUGUGGAUAUUUUAUUAAAAAGGUGGAAUGUGGAGUGUGGAUUGCUUUUCAGCUGAGUUUCGUUUCUAAUUAUUAGUUUGAAUCCUCGAUCUUUGAAGUUAGUGAUUUCAAUUUGCUUGUCAAGAAAUUGGGUUGGAGAAAUGCAGGGUUUUAUCGAGCUUGAAUGGUUCAGAAUGUUGAUUGAGAGUUGAGGAGUGCUUUUUUAAUAUAUUCACUGGGGGAUGAAUCGGAGUUUUUGGGCUUCGGAGAGGGAGCAAAUGGGGAAUCUGAGACAGAAGGACAGCAAGGAUGAGGAGCUAGCAUUGUUUCAAGAAAUGUGCAAGCGCGAAAAGGAACGGAAUAAUCUUCUUCUUCUUCAAAACUCCAAUGAAUUUGAUGCUCCACUUGGAUCAAGAAUCGAUGGUUCUCCCAUUUUUAAUAUAACUGCAGCUACACCUGCACCUGUGCGGAAGACUGGUGCUGAUGAAUUUCUUAAUUCUGACGGUGAAAAAAAUGACUAUGAGUGGCUUUUAACACCUCCAGGUACUCCUCUUUUUCCUUCACUAGAGAUGGAAUCACAAAAAAGUGCUCCAAAAUUUCACUCCCCGGUGCUGAAAUCUAGACUAGCAAACUCCCAGCCUGAGCUGGCUAGCAGGAGCCAUUUAUUAUCUAGACAGCCAGCAUCAUCUCUUAGGUUAAAUACUUCAACUGGAGGACUCCGCAGGCCCUCUUCAUCUGGGGGUCCUGGAUCAAGAGCUGCAACACCAACUGGGCGUCCAACAUUGAGCUCAACAUCUAGAUCCAGCUUGACUCCAGCGUCUGAUAAAUCUACAUUGACCACGGCUUCUAAAUUAACCUCCAUCAUGUCAUCUAAAGUAACAUCAACCACAUCAUCUAAACCUUCGAGAUCUGCAACACCUACCUCCCGUGCUUCCUUGCCUUCUGCUAAGCACACGGUUCCUCCGAGAUCCGCAACACCUACUUCCCGUGCCACCUUGCCUUCAGCUAAGCCCACGGUUCCUCCGAGAUCUGCAACACCUACUUCCCGUGCCACCUUGCCUUCAGCUAAGCCCACAGUUCCACCGAGAUCUUCUACACCUACCACAAGGUCCACCUUGCCUUCAGCUAAGCCCACAGUUCCACCGAGAUCUUCUACACCUACCACAAGGUCUACCAUAAGAUCCUCAACACCUACAACCACACAAUCUUUACCUGCACCAAAGUCCACGUCCAGGGCAUCAACCCCAACUCGUAGGACAUCAGUGUCAAGUGCCCCAUUUAAAUCCCCAACCUCUUCUUCGGUAAUAAAGUCUGUUACCUCUACAGCAAAAAAUCCAGUGCCAACAGUGUCUAAUUCUCCAACUACAAAGCCCAAACCAUGGAAACCCUCAGACAUGCCAGGAUUUUCACUUGAUGCUCCAUCAAACCUGCGGACAUCUCUGUCUGAUAGGCCGGCUUCUGUCACUAGGGGUAGAACUGGAGCACCAAGUUCUCGAUCAUCAUCCAUAGAACCCCUUUCAAAUGGAAGGGUUAGAAGACAAUCAUGUUCUCCAGCAAGAGGACGGCCUCCCAAUGGUAUUACUCGUAGCAAUGGAAGCUCCGUCCCCGUGCCUGCUGUAAAUCGGUUGCAUGCCAAGGCAAAUGACAAUGUGAGCCCUGUCCUCUAUGGAACUAAAAUGGUUGAGAGAGUGAUAAAUAUGCGGAAACUGGCUCCACCGAAGCAAGAUGACAAACAUUCACCCAUGAGCAACUUAUCUGGAAAGUCUUCAUCACCCGACAGUUCAGACUUUGGGAGAACACUUUCAAAGAAAUCGUUAGAUAUGGCAGUAAGGCAUAUGGGGAUAAGGCGAAACAUUCCAGGCAAUCUACGUCCACUAAUGACUAAUAUCCCGGCAUCCUCCAUGUAUAGUGUGAGAUCAGGGCAUAACAAAAGCAAGACGAUUAGUAUGUCUGAUUCCGCAUUUGCAACAAGCAGUGCUAGUUCUGAAGUGAGUGUUAAUAACAAUGCCCUUUGCAUGGAUGGAAGUGAAGGGGAUGAUGAUGUUAGCAGUGAUAAGCCUCCCCGAUCUCCUGCUAGCAUAUGUAGCAGGAGAAGAUAGUCCAUGCUACCAUAAUAUACAUGCAUUAACCAUUGGCUUAUAUUCUGAACUUCUGGUUUGAAGCUAAUUCGACAAUUGAGAGACUAUCAUUCUCCACUAAAGAAGGUCAGUGUAUAUUCAGAUUCACGAGUUAGAUGUAUAAUUUGAAAUCAUUGUAUCAUUAUUAGAAAUUUGGUUCAUAAGCUAAACCUUCGUCCAGUCGUUUGCUUGUGAACUUUGGACAUUAAGAUCAAUGCUAACUCCAUUUUUUUAAAGGAUGAA